UGCGCCUGAACCUCAUGCCAUCCACGGCGUCGGGAACGACUGGUGCGUUUUCGCUGGCGGGAAUAGGAGGUACAAACAUGCUUGGAGGUGCUGGAUCAAGUAGUCCUCCUGGCGCGGGUGGCGGGAACAAUACGAAAUCAAUUUUUAGUGACACUAGUCCGAGUUCUUCUACCAGUCCGACUGGGAUCAUGAUGAACAGGCCGAAUGGGACGAAUGGCAACCGCGGCGGGGACCAAAAUACCAAUUCGAUUUUCUCACCCUCAAAUUCUGGCGCGAACAAAAACGGCGGGCUGACGUUGAGCAGCCCAAAUCAUGGAGCAGGUGGAACCAAUGGAACUGCUUCGCCCUCAAAGAACAGUUUUUUCGCCGGCGGUUUCGAUGCUGUGAACCGUAGGAAUUCCACGAACGCGAAGGCACUGUCGAAGGCGCUUCCGUACGAAAUUCUGCGGAAAAUCCAUAUGCAGCCGAGUGACGUGGUGAAAGUAGUUAUCCUGAGAAAAAAGUGCUACAGUUACACACUCUGAUGGAAGACAAGCAAGACAGAUAAACUCUGUCAUGCAGGAAAUGCGUGCCACCCUCAUUUCAUUCGUGUUUUCGCCUUAUAGUCUGCGCAACACAGGUUUUCUUUGCCAUGUCGAGCAGCUUUGUGAUGCAGAAAGUCCAACAAAUGUGUAACUGUAUGUAACACUUUUUUCCUGUGAUAGUAGUGAAGGAGACACUGGAAAACUUCCAAGCCGUCUAUGACGACCAGAAAACCAAGGUGAUUGAGGACUACGACCUGAACAAACAAGUUUUACCCACGUUCCAACGCGGCGGGGCCGCGAGUUCCUUCUCCCCGACUUCGUCCAGGCCGUGCUCGCCGAUGGGAAUAGUUGGUGGGCCGUUCUCACCAGGGAGUGCUGGUGGUGGUAGUUUAUCGAGCGAGGACGAGACGCACAUGCUCCGAGACUUGUUGGAGCUGUACAAAGCUUUUUGCGCCAUGGACACGGGGAAAUGCGGCGUUCUAGCGGGCAAGCAGCUGGACUCGCUGUCCAGAACGGUGUUCGGCGAGAACCGAGCGGCCAAACAGAAGUAUCUGCACAAUGUGACACAGGUAGAUCUGCGGUUUAUUGAGUUUCAUUCGCUUGUUCUUGCAUCUGGUGAGUCGUCGCGCAAUGAAUGUAGUUCAAAGCACAGCGAGUCUAUCUGUCAUGGUUGUUUCAUAGUUAAGUAGCGAAAACCGCAUCACAGGUCACCUUCUGCGACUUCCUGCGUCUAGUCCACAAGCGGCGCCUGGACGACUUGGAGGACUUGAAGCUGGACCUCUGGCGCAUCACGCCCCACCAACAGGAUUUAGCCACGCAACCCGACCAAGUAACCGAACUCGAGCUGAUGCGCAUUCCCGGCCGCCAAACGCUGGACGCGUCGGCGUUCGAGAAGCACCAGGAGCUCUACUCUCACACCUUGAAACAGGCAGAUGUCUGCCGGAUGCUAGGUAUGAGCAUAGUUGGUUUCUUUUUGGAUUUGGAACUUGUUAGAAUUUUGAAAAUGCCAAUCCACCCUAGGACUUGCCAAUAGAAAAUGAAGCAGUGGAGCAUUGAGAACUUCGAUCUGUCGGCGAUAUAUUAUCUAUCGACACACAUUUUCAUUUUUCAUCAUCAGCCCGUCUCGAGAUUUUCCCGAAAACUCGUGCGGAACAGCGGGAGAUCCAGGAAAUUCUGGAACUAGUCUUUCCCACUCCCGACGAGGCGCUCACGUUCGACGAGUUCCAGUACCUCUGUCAGAAAAUCCAGAACUUGUUGCACUUCAAGUACAGCGAAUCGGAGCUCACUUUCGUGCAACAGUUCUUCUCGCCCCGUCAGGUCAGCCUGUUCCGCAAAAGCUUCGACCGUCUCGCUAUGAACGAAUACGGUCGGGUGGCGCUCGCGCAAGUCCGGAAUUUUUUGUUGAUUUCCUACAAAAUCCCCAUCGAGCCGACGGAGUUGUGGAAAUUUUUAGAGGAAGAAGUUCUGUUGAUCCACGAAAGGAAGGAUUUGCUAGCCCCGGGGCCAACAACCACUUCGUCGAAGAAAGGCGGUGCGGGUGCUGCGCACCUUCAGGCUGGGAAUAAACAAAGCACCUCCCGCGGCGGCGUGGAGGGCACAUUGAACUCCGCUUCCUCGAACUUGACGCAAAGAAGGAUGUCCAUCAAGCGGCGCAGCGUGCACGACGUGAAGACCGCGGCGGUGCUGGCAAACAUGAAGGACGCAUUGCUGAGUCAAGCGGCCAUGGCCGCAGGGGCGGCGAUCGGGGAUAUCAGUGCGAAGACAGUGAACACUACUGCAUCCGCGGAGGGAGUAGAGCAAGGUGGAGCCGACGAAAGAGACGGCAUGUUCGGAGGACAGUCGCACGAGGGCGGGGCCAACAAUGGGUCGCUUUUUCCGUUGCAUGCAAUGGACGGGGAGGCACAGGCAGCCCUCGGCUCCCUUUCGCAGCCGCUUGUUUCCGCCGUGAUUUCCUCUUCGACCGCGGCUUCGGGCCAUGAUGCGCACUUUUCGCUCGAAGAGCGGAUCACAGACAGUAGGGGCGAUGUUUUGCAUCAUGGCGAUAGCGCGGAUCACCUUCAUGUGCAAAGCGGACACGACGCAGAUCGUGGUUCCGCCGGUGGUACAGCUGUCAGUUCCGGGCAUGGAGGUGGCAAUGCCGAUCCUGGUAGUGCUGCGGGGCACGGAGGACAAAGCCCUGCGACACAGAAUUUCGAUAGCACCGCUGAUCAUUCCGGCGGGGGAACUGGGUCUAAUCCCAAGCAAAACGCACCCUCCGGAGGUCCAACCGCUACUAUCAACGCACCGCCUGGUGCCGGCCAGAAAAAACCGGCGGCCGCGAUGGGCCGGAGACAAACAAUCGUACGCCGCGAGGGGGCGUACCGACCCCCGGAUGCGAACCCGCUUGCCAUGGAGUACGGCGGUGCGGCGCGCAUUUCUUCGGGAUUUGGAGUUGGCGGCGGACAGCACCAAAUGACGCUGCAGAUUUUGCAAGAAGUCGGGCUCAGUUUCGACCAGUUUAUCGUGGUGCUACAUUGGGCUUUGUCGGUGAAACGGGCAUCGAAGAAAGCAAAUGCGAAUAAGGCGGGAUGAGGACGAUUGUGUCGGUGGAUGCUGUACUGAGCUGCUCCAAGAACAGUGCAACAUGGAGUCAAUGUAAGAUUUUAGAGUUUCAUUCCUUGUGGCAGGAUACUUUGCAGCACGUGAUUGCCAUAUCCAUGUUUGAUUAAUAGUAGUUUCGUCUUUGUCUUCGAAGAUCAAUUUGCUAAAGAGCCAGAACACGGUCAAAAGGCUGUUUCGUUAUUAUGGUAAAAAGUGAAGAAUGCUAUGGAUGUAAAAUGUGCUAAGUACCAACAUAAGUUAUCGCUGAAACUGUUUGCUGUAAUCAUGAGAACCCUCCCGCAGGAGCCGUGCAAAACGACGCUUCGGGCUGAGUGCGUAAAGCAUUUACUGAUACCACAAGAUGAAAUGCAGAUGCACCAUCUGCAUAAGUACUGAAGAAGACGCGCAAGGACUACCGAAAU